AUGUAUGCCUUGCUCUUUGUUCAGCUUCUGGCUCUGACAUACCAACCUGUUUUGGGUCAGCAAGGAGAUGGUGUGGUUGUCACCAAAUCCGAUUACCAAGCGCUUCGAGCAUUUAAGCGUGAACUCAUCGAUUUCAAUGGCGUUUUGCGCAGCUGGAAUGACAGCGGCUAUGGAGCCUGCUCAGGUGGGUGGGCAGGAAUCAAGUGCGUCAAGGGACAGGUCAUUGCAAUCCAGCUUCCAUGGAAGAGACUCGGGGGCAGAAUCUCUGAGAAGAUUGGGCAGCUGCAAGCACUUCGAAAGCUCAGCCUCCACGACAACGUUUUGGCUGGCCCUGUCCCUUGGUCUCUUGGCUUCCUUCGCAAUCUCAGAGGGGUUUACCUCUUCCAUAACCGGCUUUCGGGUUCUAUACCUCCUUCAAUUGGUAACUGCCCUCUUCUUCAAACUCUUGAUUUAAGCAACAAUUCACUUACUGGUACAAUUCCUUCUAGUCUUGCAAACUCUACCAAGUUGUUCAGGCUCAAUUUGAGCUUCAAUUCACUUUCUGGUACUAUCCCACCUAGUCUCACCAAGUCACCUUCCCUCACCAUCCUUGCUCUCCAACACAACAACCUCUCUGGUUCUGUUCCAAGUACUUGGGGUACUGGAACAGGAAAUAGAAGCUACCAACUUGCGAUCCUGACCCUUGAUCAUAAUCUGAUCUCUGGAACUAUUCCAAGUUCUCUGAGCAAGUUGGGUUUUCUUGAAGAGAUUUCUGUAAACAAUAACCAGAUUACUGGGACCAUACCCAAUGAACUAGGGGGGCUCACUAGGCUUCAAAAGCUAGACUUAUCCAACAAUGCUAUCAAUGGAAGCUUUCCUUCUAGCUUUUCCAACCUCUCCUCCCUUGUUUCAUUGAAUCUAGAGGGCAAUCGCCUCGAUAACCACAUCCCAGAAGGCCUUGACAGAUUGCAGAACCUCUCAGUACUCAACCUGAGGAAGAAUAAUUUCAGUGGCCAUAUUCCAGCAUCUAUUGGGAAUAUUUCUGGAAUUUACCAAGUUGAUUUAUCUGAAAAUAAAUUCAGUGGAGAAAUUCCAGAAGGCCUUGACAGAUUGCAGAACCUCUCAGUACUCAACCUGAGGAAGAAUAAUUUCAGUGGCCAUAUUCCAGCAUCUAUUGGGAAUAUUUCUGGAAUUUACCAAGUUGAUUUAUCUGAAAAUAAAUUCAGUGGAGAAAUUCCUGCUUCACUUGGCAGCCUAGCCAAUCUCACUUCCUUCAAUGUUUCUCACAACAAUCUCUCUGGCCCAGUCCCAUCCCUCCUCUCCAAAAAGUUCAAUUCCAGCUCUUUUGUGGGGAAUCUUCAGCUAUGUGGCUAUAACAUUUCAACUCCUUGCUCUUCUCCCCCACCUCAGAUUCUUCCAUCUCCACCAACACGGCCUUUGAAGAAAAAGCAUCACCACAAACUAAGUACGAAAGAUAUAAUUCUCAUAGCAGCAGGUGCCCUCCUAGCGGUUCUGCUUCUACUCUGCUGCAUUUUGCUUGUUUGCUUGGUCAGGAAAAGGUCUGCUUCAAAAGGAAAGAAUGAUCAAACUGUCAAGCAGGCUGCUGCUGGGAGCACUGACAAGGCGGCUCCUGCUACCACCGGAGUGGAAUAUGGCGGUGAAGCUGGUGGAAAGCUUGUUCACUUUGAUGGGCCAUUUGUUUUUACAGCUGAUGACCUAUUGUGUGCCACUGCUGAGAUAAUGGGAAAGAGUACAUAUGGGACUGCAUAUAAGGCAACAUUAGAGGAAGGUAAUCAAGUUGCAGUGAAGAGGUUGAGGGAAAAGACUACAAAGGGUCAAAAGGAGUUUGAAACUGAAGCUGCGGCACUAGGGAAGAUCCGGCACCCAAAUCUCCUAGCUCUGAGGGCCUAUUACUUGGGACCUAAGGGAGAGAAGCUUCUGGUCUUUGAUUACAUGCCUAAUGGCAGUCUUGCAUCCUUCCUUCAUGCUCGAGGGCCCGAAACCAUCAUUGAUUGGCCAACAAGGAUGAACAUAGCGAUCGGUGUGACGCGUGGACUCUGCCACCUGCACAACCAGGAGAACAUCAUACAUGGGAAUCUCACAUCCAGCAACAUACUGCUAGAUGAGCAGACCAACGCUCACAUUGCAGACUUUGGCCUUUCCCGGCUCAUGACGGCGGCUGCAAACACCAAUGUGAUUGCCACUGCAGGAACCCUUGGCUACAAUGCACCAGAGCUCUCAAAGGCCAAGAAGAGCACAACAAAGACUGAUGUGUACAGCCUUGGGGUGAUCAUAUUGGAGCUCCUGACAGGGAAGUCUCCCGGGGAACCAAUGAACGGCAUGGAUUUGCCCCAGUGGGUGGCAUCCAUUGUGAAAGAGGAGUGGACAAACGAAGUUUUCGAUUUGGAGCUCAUGAGGGAUGUGCCAACCAUAGGUGAUGUGCUGCUUAACACAUUGAAACUGUCUCUGCACUGCGUGGAUCCAUCUCCAGCGGCGCGACCAGAAGCUCAGGAAGUUCUGCAUCAGCUAGAGGAGAUUCAGCAGCCUGAGGCAAAUGUUGGCUCUGCUGAAGAAGGCACAGAAGUAGUACCACCACCAUCAACAACUGAGUAA